GCAGGUGUCUCCAAGGCUCCAGGUGAGUCCCUCUUCAGUCCGCGUGCGGUGACGUCACUGGUCCAGGUGUGCUCAUGGAGGGGGAAGGUUCCUCGCUCGUCCGACGCUCGCAGCCCAUCGCCAUCGCCUCCAACAGGCUCAAAGGGGCGGAGUCUUUGUCCUCGUCUGCGCCCGCCAUCCCCAACCCUUUUCCUGAGCUGUGCAGCCCCUCCCACUCCCCUGUUGCCAUGGCGACGCUCACAGCACCAUCCAGUGGCAAACAUCUGCUGAAGGUGUUGGGCGAGGACCAGCGUGGCCGCUCGCUGUGGGUGGGCCACGCCACCACCGCCAGGGAGGUGUGUCACAUGCUGGUCCGGACCGCCGGCUGCAGCCAGCAGGAGAACUGGACCCUGCUGGAGUGUCAUCCCGCUCUGGGCCUGGAGCGGUGCCUGGAGGACCACGAGGCCGUGCUGGAGGUCCAGGCCAGCUGGUCCCUGACGGGCGACAGCAGGCUGGUCUUCUGCAAGAACUACGCCAAGUACAGCCAGCCCGCGCUCUUCUUCCCGCAACACAUGAUCUCUGACAGCGGCCAUGUGGGAGAAGGGAUGACCUCAUCGCAGCUGGUGCAGAACCUGCUGGGGUCUGGGACGUGUCCUGAGAUCCAAGGCUUCCUGCACACCAAGGAGUCCAAGUCCUGGAGGAAGAUCUGCUACUUCCUGCGGCCGUCUGGACUCUACUGCUCCACCAAGGGAGCGUCUAAGGAAGCUGAACACCUGCGCUACGUGGCUCACCUGCAGCACCUCCAGGUGUACAAGGUCCUGGAGAAGACUGCAGAAGACUACGCUGCUCCCUCACACUUCUGCUUCUGUCUCAGACUCUCCAGAAGUGCAGUCCACCUCCAGGACUUAAAGAUAAUGUGUGCUGACAGCGAGCAGAGCAGAACUUGUUGGAUGUCAGCAUUCAGAUUGUUCAAGCAUGGCCAGCAGCUGCAGUGUAACUUCCAGGUGUCCAAGUGGUCCAGUCUGGAUGGAACCAAGCUGACUGAUGUCAAAGCUAAGUCAGAGGCCAGUUUGGUGGCGAUGGAGUUCUCAGGUAAAAGUGGGCGUGUCCUGCAGACACCAUCAGAGCGAGCAGAAGGCCAGGAUUGGAGGCGUACAGAAGUCCUCAGGUGCAGUCUCCCCAACUUAAGCUCCGCCUCCAGAGCAUCCUGUGUGCACCUGACACAGCCGUGGUUCCAUGGGGGCGUGUCCAGGAAAGAAGCCCACAGGCUGAUGGAGAAGCAGGGCCUCGUCGACGGGUGAGCACGCUGGUCGCCAUGGCAACCGCCUCACUUUGCCCUACUUCUUUUUAGCAGGGACUAAAUCAGUCUGUGUGAGGAUCAUGGCAGGAAGUACGUGACCAUGGACGAUGGUGCCACUCUCUUCUUGGACCUGCUGGACAUGAUCCACUUCCACCUGCUCAACAAGGGAGUCUUACCUGUCUGCCUCACACACCCCUGUGUGGGUCUCACAC